UCACGGGCGGCGAGGAUAUUUAUUUUCGUGUGUGUAACCGAACCAUCGAUUAACCACUCCAGAGGCAACAUGUUGGAUCCUAGCAGAAAGAAGCGACCUGGCAAUGGUACGGUGUCGGUGUGGAGCACUAGCACGGCCGGAAUCGAUACAGUAUUGGCUACCACCCUCGGAACAACGGUCACACCAAAAACCUACAGCACCGGUCAGCUGCAUCAGACGGGCCUAAGCCAUCAGCCGAACGGAAACGGAAACAGCUACAACGGUACGGUCGUCCAUCACCAUCCGAACGUGGGCAACGGUGGGACGGGCCUGAAUCACGCGCACCUUCACCUUGGCAGCAACGGAAACAGCCACAGUGGAAGCAUCGGCAACAACAGUACCCACAGUCUUACGCCGCACGGUGGCCACGGUGCAGCGGCCAGUUGGAACAACCGUACCAGUAUUUGCAGUACACACAACAAGCGACGAUCCAACCUGAGCACAAUGUCACAGACGGGGGAUGAUCUGCACACACCAAACUAUCUGUCCUGGCGCAAGCUACAGCUGAGCCGAGCGAAACUAAAAGCUUCCAGUAAAACGUCCGCCCUGCUGUCCGGAUUUGCGAUGGUCGCAAUGGUUGAGGUACAGCUGGAUGAAAAUACCAAAGUGCCAUCGGCAAUGCUAAUAGCAUUCGCCGUAUGCACCACGCUGCUAGUAGCGGUUCACAUGCUAGCGCUUAUGAUCAGCACCUGCAUCUUGCCAAACAUCGAAACAGUCUGCAACCUGCACAGCAUAUCACUGGUCCACGAAUCUCCCCACGAGCGCCUACACUGGUACAUCGAGACGGCGUGGGCCUUCUCGACACUGCUAGGGCUGAUACUAUUUCUGCUCGAGAUCGCCAUCCUGUGUUGGGUGAAGUUUUACGACCUCAACACGACGGCUGCCUGGUCGGCUUGUAUCGUGCUCAUUCCCGUGUUAGUGAUCUUUGUCGCGUUUGCGCUACACUUUUACCGCUCGCUGAUGAUGCACAAGUACGAGGUGACUGUUUCCGGCAUACGCGAGCUGGAGAUACUCAAGGAGCAGAUGGAGCAGGAUCAUUUCGAUCAGCAGCAGCACCACCACGGGAUACUGCAUCCAUCCGGGCUGCAAAUUGUAUGA